AUGCCCUGCGGUGCAUCUCUGAAAAAGAGUACCACUAAAAUGAUGAAGAGUGCCAAAUGGACCCUCGAACCGCUGCGAUGCCAUGCAAGAGAAGAGCCCCAUCAACAGGAGCAGCCCUUAAGGGAAGUCCAGUCUGACGCCGAGUGGGCCGACCAAACCCGCCUCGGAGGCCUGUCUGAAGGUGCCACAGCGGCGCGCUGGCCCAGUUUCCCCCAGGUGGAUGGUGGAGAAGCAAAGAGGCCAGCCCGAAUCGCCUAUGAGGCGACUCCAUGGUGCUUAUAUCGGCACCGGCAAAGUUGA